GCAUCUUUCCUUAGAUUCUCACUUCAAAGUUUUUCUGUGUCUUCAUUUUCCCCCUCAGCCUUUCACAGUGAAGACAGGGAAUCUUCAGCAGAGGGACAGCACAGACAGAUUUGCAAGUGCUUUCCCUUUUGACCCAAAGUUUGUCACCUUUCUCCUCUUUCUUUGACAUGUGCAUAACCCCUUAUAAAGGAAGCUCACUCUGUCAAUCAUAGCCAUGCAGCAAGUUCUUCAAUGGCUUUGUAAGGAAACUGAUGAAAAAGAUGCACAGAGGACUUCACAUUCCAGCAAGAAGGAAACAAGUUGGGAUAAAGGAACUGUUAGAUCAAAGGAGAUAGUGGUGUCUGUUCAUUGUGGGGCUUCUCAAAGAUCAAAGGGGUUUGAAGGAAGGAAGUUUGAUAUAAGGAAGUUGAAGUCAUUUGCUUUGUUGUGCAGAAAGGAUAUUGCCAAGUCUUGCUUCUAUAGUACCAUUAAUAUAAAGAGACCAAGAACUCAGGGCUUUGAUAAUAUGCACCAAUAUUGGAUCCAAAAGAUGAAAAAAGAAGAUAUUGUGAGGGAAAUUAGAGAGAUUGGUCAAAAGGCAGAUUCUUCUUCUGCUCAUGCAGGCACCAGAGUCUUGCCAAUAACUGAUGCCUCUAUUGUAGAGCAAUGUAGCAAUAAGACUGAUAAGAAAGUCAUGCCGAAUGGGGAGAGUAAAAACAAAGCCAAAUCAAGAAUGAAGGAACUUCUGAGAUGGGCCAUGGCUUCAAAAUCAGAGAAAGGAGGGAGGUUCAUCACUGGCAAGGCUUCACGGAUGCGAAACCGAGAAACUCUAAAAGCAGGCCCAGAUGAUGAUCGAACAAGCAACGACUCCCCCAAGAUCAGUUUCAGAUGGGAAACUGAAAGCUGCUCAACUGUUUCCUCGGCCUACUCGUCGAUAUCGGCCGUCUCCUCCUUGAGGAACUGUUCCUUAACACUGGGUUCCACUGCCAUCCAAGAAAUCAAUCACUAUUAUCCAAGAAAAGGAAGUUGGAUCACUACAGAUUCUGAAUUUGUGGUGCUAGAACUGUGAAUGAGAAGGAAAACAGAUGAUCUGCCAAGGCUGCAUCAACUCCUUGAUCUGCCUGCCAUCUGUGAAUUAUCUAUUGUAUGCAAAUACGGAGGAUUUGUAUGUAAAAUUUCUUUAAAUAUCUAUGGAGAAAAUGUGUCUGAAAUAAUAUUUUGAGUGUCAUUCAAACCAUCAUCUAACAAGUCUUCAGUGUGAGAGGUUAACUGAGUUUGGCAUCUGCCUUCCCCUUUUCGGAAUGCGAAUCUUUCGGGUUUUUGCAGGUCGAGAUUGAGAUAAGAAAUUUCAGACAUCUUUGAAUGAGUACCAGUCAUUGGUAUACUUAACUCUGUACUUUAGAGUUCAAGAACUGCAUAAAUCAUCAAACUGUAGUGAUCCCUAUUACUCUACAGAUAAGCUCUUGAUUCAUCAAUGCUAGUAGAUGUUUGUAUCAAGUAAUUUUCUGUCUUAAAAAGAUAGUUUGGAGUAACAAACUUUUGUGAAG